UUCUCCCAUAAGAGCUCCCUCACCUAUAUCACCACUUAUGUUGCCUUCGCUUUCAACUCCUCCAAUGUCUGACGACGAGUCUUCCGAUUUAUCAUCACCUUCGACGCCAAUUGACUUGUCUCAGCAACCAAUAUAUCCGUCUCCAUACUAUCUACUUCGACACCAGCAACUACUACUUCUUGGAAUGCGUCGUGCUGCCGUUGGAUUAAAAUUUCUACUGUACGCUAAACGAUUAAAUGAACUAGAAAAGAAACACCCCAACAUUGACUAUGAUUCGGAUUUGUAUUUGGGCAUGAGAGAGGACGAGUUGGAAAGCUACGAUAAUAGUAAGGACAUUGAUGCUUGCUCUAGUCAGAGCGAACGUGAAAACAAGGCCUACAAUAGGAUAAGAAAGAAGUCACUUGUUUUGCAUUCAUAUGACCUCUUGCGUUUCGAUAAUAAUAAGCGGACUAUUGUAAAAUAA